AUAUUAAAAUCCAUUAUCUCAGCCAAGGCAAGGAUCUUUUGAACAAAGGCUGGAUAGCACAGAGACAAAAAUCGUUGUUUAUACUGCAGCAAUUGCGCGACCAAAUGUUAGAUGCUUUGCAUGAUUCAGCAUAG